AUGAAGUCUUACAUAGGUAGUGCAAAUGACUUAGCUAGGAUGGGUUCAACACAGGGUAUUGAAAAUAUGAAUAUGGUGAUAGCUUCUAAGGCACCCAAAGCAAAAUACUACAGUGUUCGUGUUGCAGCAGCUGUUGCUCAGAAGAACAUAGGGCAUACAUAUGUCAACCAAAAACAUAACUUGUCACCCAGUAGUGCAUGUCAUCUAUCUGAUAGCAGAUUGGACGAAAAAGCUAAAACAAGAGAAGCAAAACUACAACGAUUGAAACCGAAAGAGCAGAGAAGUUCAGAUGCAGAGAUUACUCAACUAUCUGCUGUUACUGGUGAGAAACAGUUUGAAGGUUAUAUAUUGCCAAAACAACAUAUAAGUCCAGUUGUUUCCAGAAUAACUCAUUUGAUGGUAAAAAAUGGUGAACUGUGCUACCAGGGCCAACCAGUGAAAACAAUGGAUUUAAAAACAUGCUUGGAAAAAUUUCUGUAUUUUCUUUUAGAUGUCAAGAAUCCUAUUUUAGUUGGUCAUAGUAACCAUUCAUUUGAUUGUCGUUACCUAAUAACUGCAAUCAAGGAGAGUUCUUUUAUUGAUAGGUUUAUGGCAGUUAUUAGUGGUUUUGUGAAUACUCUGCCAUUGUUUAAAUCUGUGUUUCCUGAUAAAGGUUCAUAUGCACAACAAAGUUUGGUUGAUGAAUUUGUUGGUCAGGUUUAUAGUGCACAAAAUGCUAGUGCGGAUGUACUUGCACUACAGAAAUGA